AUGAGUCUCCUUAGCUGGAACUGCCGGGGUUUGGGUGGCACCCGGACAGUUCGCGAAUUGCUGGGUUUUGUGACCCGGCAGCGACCCGAAUUUGUCUUCCUCAUGGAGACAAAAGCCAGUGCGAGUCAAGUGGAACGUGUUAGAGUGCGUUUGGGAUUUGAAGGGUGUAUUAAUGUGGACAGAGUAGGGAUUGGUGGGGGUUUGGCUUUGAUGUGGAAGGUGGCAGACAUGGCGUCCCUGUUGGAUUAUUCGGCGAACCACAUAAACGUGAAGGUGACGUUACCAGGCCAACCUGCCUGGCGACUAACAUGCUUCUACGGGUUCCCAGAGCGGUCAAGGAGACAUGAUGCGUGGAAUUUGCUGCGAGAAUUGAAGGCCCAAUCUGACCUACCUUGGGUCGUGAUAGGUGACUUCAACGACAUUGCAAGUCACGCAGAGAAAAGGGGCGUAAACCCACAUCCAGAUUCUUUAAUCCGGGGCUUUAAUGACACACUGCUGGACUGUGGCCUAUCGGAUUUGGGGAUGGUGGGGUACGAGUUUACUUGGGAACGUGGACGGGGAACACAUCGGUGGGUUGAAGAGCGGUUAGACAGGGCGGUGGCCUCGGGGGAUUGGUGUGAGAUGUAUACGGGGGUGUCUGUUUAUAACUUACCCUCGGUAACAUCUGAUCACAGUGCUCUGAAUCUGGUGAUGGAGGGUGGUCGCAUUGGGAGGAGAACCAGGGGCUUUCGAUUUGAGUCGGCUUGGAUGCUGGAUGCAAACUGUAAACAGGUCGUGGAGUCCGCCUGGGGCCGUCAACGCGGGGAUACCUUCCAGCAGAAGGUGGCAAGGUGCGGAGAAGCGUUACGGAAAUGGGGAGGGGAUUAUGCGCAACGGUUUGGGCGGCGUUUACGGGGACUGCUCAUACUGCUUGAGAAUCUGAGAGGCAGUUACCGGGAAGCAGAUUUGACAUGA